GUUGGCUCGAUUUCUCAGUCGAAUUCUAUCCUUGUCCGUCACGCGACUCCUUGCUAUAUCCGAUUGGUAUCUAUAAUGUUAUAAAUUGUCUUGCCAAAUGGCUCCCAUCCCGGAGGCCUAUUUCCCGUCCCUGGACAAGUGCUUCUCCGGGGACGUCCAGCUUCUAUCUUGGAGAAGAGCCUUCAUCUAUACCUGCAACCCUGACAGUGAUGUCGACGAUACAGGCAGCUUCCAUGCGUUCCUUUCGCAUCCAGAGAGCACUCGCCUGCUUUCAAAUUGCUUGAAUGCAUUCUCGUCGCCUUCGCCAAAGACAAAGGCCGAUUUCGAGACCAGGACAGCGGCAAUCCAUGCAGAGACAACUGCCCAAGCUUCUUACGAUCUGAAGGAAAUCAAAGCGGAUACCCUGUGGUUGAGUCAAAGGGCUGGGAUCGACGAGAUAACCGCUCUUCGGAUCACGGUUCUGGAAUGGCAGGAUCGUCCUGCUGCGCGCUUGCUAGCUAGAUUUACUGAGGAGGAAUCAACUAGCCUACAGAGUGCCGCUGGGAUCGACAAUUUACGUGCGUCGCUUGCAGGGCCUGCGUUGAGUGAAGUUCUGCGACAGAAGGCUGGUGACGACUCCGAUUUCUUGUCCGAGGAAAAUAGACGACUUAGAUUGCGCAACCUUUAUCUAUCCGAGAGAAGCCAUCUGUUGAAGACAGCACGCAAACUGCUCGCAUUGUCCCUCCACAACAGCUCUCAGAAUGAUGCUGCUCCUCCCGCUCCUCAUGUCAGUGAUCGCACCGAAUCCUUGCGCAAGCUAAGUGCAGCCGUCUUUCAAGAAAAAUCUGCAGGCAGUGAAUGGCGGUCCUUUGUGGAAGCCUGCAUCAAGGCCAUCAAAGAUCGACUUUCCGCAUUAGAAGGAGAUGGGGGCUGGUUGGGUGUCGCUGAGAGCAACGAAGCAGUAGAGAACAUGUGGAGGACCGUCCUUGUUGAAGAGGUCCUGCACGUCACACAGAUGCUCUUCCUCCAACUUCAGGCAUCGCCCGAGAUUCCCACUGCUGAACUAUUGGUAUCUUGGCUCUGUGUCAUGGGUGAUUACAGUUUCCUGGAAUCAGUCCAAGUACCUUGCCAAAACCCCUUGGAGAUACUCUUACCGCUACAGGCUUUCGUCGCUCUGACAACCCUUGCGUUCAUGAAGCUACCACUGGCCAUGCCCUCAAUCAUCAACAAAUCAACGUCAACACCACCUUCACAGUCGCCAUAUUUCCUUUCCAAGGACAAAAUCGGCCAAUUGAACGAAAUAUUUGUAACCGCCGGGCUUGAAUCUAAAACUGCAAAUCCCGCAGCAUUCUCAUGGGGUCUACUUCUACAUACGUUGAGAGAGCUGGCACUUAGCGACAAAGAGACGCGGGAGCUGGAACAGUUUCACAGCGCGGUGGAUUCCUUUCAAUCGAAUACCCCCACUCAAAUUCGGGCCGAGCUUCGGAGCUCUCCUUCUGAGGACUCGAUCGCCCUUUUGACUUCGAAUGCUAUGAAGGACAUGAUGUUCGAAGUGAUAGUCGCUUUGGCCACCAACAUUGGUUCAACAUCGGCCGUCGACGACGUCCUUACAGAACGGUGGACACGAGUAGUACUUUUGGAUCUCAUUCGCGUCGUGAGGAUUUACGUGGAGUAUUCCCCCGAGAUUGUUGGCUCUGUCUUGGCAAUUCUCAAUGGGCCUCCCACAAAAUCACUAUGUUCUUCACAGUCUCUCUCUGCCGCUACCGACCCGCGAUGGAUUUUCAUGAACGAUGAUUUCCUAAUGGACAAGAUUUUCCGCAUCGCACGCUCACGGUUUCCAUACGAAACGGUGCCAUUCUUGAAACUCUGCCGAGCGCUCAUUAGCACAGACAUGGUGAACGAGGAGGGCACUCCACAAAUCCUCAGCGAGAUGGAGAAUAUGGACACCUUCACACAGAUAGUGCCAUUCGAAUUUCAGGGAUAUGAAACAAUCCGUGAAGAUGAAAAUGCCAAUCUCGUCACCCUCACACAGCCCCUGGCGAUCUUCGAGUCGUCGACGGCGAGGCAAAUUAUGGACCAUGAACCAAGCAAUGCUCUGGUUGUCACAAGCUCAUCACAUGUACCUUCAUCAACUUUAGGACAAGUGAUAUCCGAAGCAAAGCCAGCAGUGAUUAUGUGGUAUCAUGAAUAUUCCUGCCUGAGUUAUCUCGGGAGUUACUUAGAAGAAUGGAAUGAAAACGGUGGGUACUCAUCCGGUGUGGAAGAAGACAACGUUGCGGAGAUUAUAGGUCUUAUGGCGGACCUACUUGUUGCCGCAUGGGUUCAGCCAACGCCAAAUGAGGCAGGAUCUGGCGCCAAACGUAUUUUGGAGAUUGCAAGCGAUGGAUUGGCUCGCGAAAGUGAUAUUAUAUCGUUGAUCUUCGAUAUAUUCGAGCGCAGUCUGCACAAUAUCGGUCCGAGGGCCGGAUUAGACAGCAAAGUAGAGUCGGUCAUCGCCUGCUUACGCUUCAUUCGUGCACUUACAAUGGUUUUACCUGGAAGGGUAUGGCCUCUGCUUGCUCGGAGCAGUCUACUCGGGUCAGACGGCAAGGGCGGCGUCAUGACCGCAAUCGUUUCCGCGACUGAAGUGACAUCGGGAGAUUAUCCAUUCCUGCUUGAGUGUGUCAAAUUAUUCCAGACUGUCGUGGACGACUCAGCAUCGCGCGCGAUGGUGAGGAAAUGCCCGAAUAACUUGUCUGGAAAAAUGGCGGCUGCCUCUGAAUGGACCUCUGGCGUACCAACUCAUAUCAUGAGAGGUACCUUAUUGAAUUUUGUGCGGACAAUGGUAGAGGUGUUCAACAGCAACAUCGACUGGCGUUUCAACGCCCCGGAACAAAGGCUCGAGAUCAAUGCCACUCUUGCUAAGACCUUUGAAAGGAUGAUACAUUAUACCUAUGGGACGAACGAUUCUGCCAAACUGGAUUCGAAGGUUACUGGUGUUUUCUCCUCAUCCGCGACAUAUCUUCUGGAUGUGCUACGACCACAGUCCAAGGCAGACCUGCCUUUCAAUCCAAUCCUUCGGUUGGUCGUUGACGGCCUUCAGACGCCGGCUACUUUACAUCUUCGCUACCUCGUGUUGAUGGAGAAGCAGGUGAGAUCGACGUUGGAGUUAACUACCAGACUAUUGGAGGCUGCCCGGUAUCUGGAGCAACCAACCUCGCUACUAGAGGACCAACUAUUCAAGGCCACUCCCGUUCUCGUCAAACUAUAUUCGUUGCUCGAUGCCUACCGCUUACCCGUCAUAUUACUUCUUGAGGUCCUAAUCUCCGGUGCAGCUCUCGACUCCGCGAAUGAACCCCCGUCCUUGGUCGGACACCUUGGGGCGGAGUCCUCCUGCCUCUUCCUCGACGUUCUGUCACAAUUCGACAAGCCGUUGAGUGAUCAGAAAUUACACUUAGCGGUAUGGCACUUCCUAUCCACAAUCGUCAGUAAGCGUCAGCAGUGGCUCGCGGUGUAUAUCCUCACUGGAUCGUCUGCCCGGCAGACAAUGAAGAAAACAGACGCAAAGGGCGGGCCCACCAUGAGGGGAACGCCCUUUCUCCAAAUUGCCCUUGGAAUGCUUUUGAACAUUGAACAAAUGGAUCUUCGUGCAGCACUUUCCUUGCUGGAGUUUGUUUCGUGUGCUCAGGAGAAUUGGCCCUGGGCCACACCAGAGCUGCGGAAAACCCCUCAGUUUUUUAACAGCCUUGUCAACUAUGUCUCGAAAUUGAAAAUUCCAUCAUUACCGGUUCAGGAUCAGAUCUUCGCUACGCGAAUUGCCGCCGUCGUUGCUGACCUUUGUGCUGUCUACCUUCACUCGGCCAAGGAUAUGGAGGAUCGGACUUUUUACAAGACAUUGAUCCCGCUUGUGUUUUGGUACUCGAAAGACGCAGUCGAUGUCUCUGCUUAUAAUGCAUCAUUACACGCCAAUCUGAAGAGGAAUUUCGAGAUGAGAUAUUCUGGCUGCAAGCUCGCCGGUUUCAGGAGGACAUCUUUGCAGCCUCGCUCUUUGGGCCGUGACUACUAUUACGACAUUCAAUUAGGAGACAAGCUUCUUUCUUAUGACUUCGCUUGGUCAGGGACUAAGAAUCAAGGAUUUGCCGAGGAAUUCGAACGAGCCAACAUCAAUCUGUCAUUGGUCGAGGCACAGGUGAGCCUCCUCCAUAGCUGGAAGUUCUUCGCGACGGAGCAUUGUACGGACUUUAUGGCGGACCGUGAAGUUCAAAAAUCGAUGGCUUCGGUCGUGCAGAGCUGUCUCGAAGCCAACAUCAAGGGAGUUCCGCAAGAAGCAAUAUUUGAGAAGAUCCAGCAAACAAGGGUGGAAUUUGCACAGGCUUUACUUCAGCGGCUGGUAGAGGCUGGAGCACAGGGUGCUGAAGUCUUCGGCUUGCUGAGAGUCGUUUGGGAUGCUUUGCGCACUCGCCGCGCAACUUAUGAAGAAGCCUUGGUGAACGACGACGCAGAAUACUAUCGCUCAGUUCUAAAUGUACUCUUCCUUGCGCUGCAGUUCCACCUCGACAGCAGCUCCCGGACGGCGCCUGAAGCAUCGAGCAGGAAAGCAGAGAUCUCGUCCGAUCUGACGUUAGUGAUUGAGAUUGUGAAGACCGUCGUUGCGCACGGUUUCCGGUCGUUGACUACUUAUCUGCAUGACCAACCGGACAAGUGUGAGCCGAAGGAUUUCGCUCUACUGACCGCUAUCCUGCAGACUUCGCUUCAAAUCAAAAAUGCCGAUCGCUUAUACGAGCACAUUGUGUACCACAUUGAAGAUAACGACACGGCUAGGCACGCCAUGUCACUGUUCUCAUGGGCGGAUCAACUAGCGGUGUCUGGAGAUCCCGUGUACGGAGAGCUCAGUAUUCUGUUCCUUGUCAAGCUGUCAACGCUGCCGAUGCUAGCAGAACAUUUGGCAGUCGAAGCGGUCUUGACGAGGCUUUCCACCUGCCGGUUGACUAAUAUCUUGCAACAACCCCGAGGCUUUGGACCGUUCGACACCGUACCCAGAUUGUACACGAUCUGGACUGCGGGAUUCCUUCCAUUGUGCUUGAAUCUCCUGUACCACGUCCUCCGCACCGCGCCCGAAGUGGCUGCAUUCCUUAACCAGUUCGAAGGGCAGCUUAAGCGGGCGUCCGAAUCUUUCGUUGCGGACCGCUCAGGUUCUCCAUCACGACGCAUCUGUCUAAGCAUGGCAUCCGAAGCAUACUCGCUUGCGCUUAUUUCCUUCAUCUUGAACCGCUUCCGAGAAGCCGGUCCCAGUGCCGGGGUAGAUGCACAGUGUAUCCAGGAACUCAAGUGGGAUAAGACGCAGGUCAAGGAAGAUAUUGAGGAAUUGCUAGAGCGUCGGCAGAGUCUUCGCGCGCGGAUUGUGGCUACCAGCGAAAAAGAAGUGGAGCUGGCGCGACAGAAGCCGGUGAACCCUGCCUCAGGCGCAGAAAACCGUCUGGAGGAGAAGGUUGUGAAUGAGCUCAAGGCAGCGCUGGUUUGCCUUGGAGGAGAGGAGGCGUAAUGAUGAUGAUGAUGUAUUGAGCGGUCCAGCUGUUUUUGGCCGAGUUUACGUUUCUUACCUUCGCAUCUUCAGGGUAUCAUUUCUUCUACUUCGAUCUAGCAUGCUCUAUGGGAUGGAUCGGAUGGAGUGUAAAUUAUCCUGGG